AAAUCCACACGUGCGAAAUCUUGGUGACGGUGACGGACACGUUGUCUGCCUAACUUAUAAAUACCCAACUACAGACGCUUCGCCCACCUCUCUUCACUACUAUCGGAGAAACCAAAAAAGGAAAAAAAAAAUCAAAAUACAGAAAAAAAAUUCAAAUAAAAUCUGCGAAACUAAAAACCCUAGCUUUUUCUCGGAUCUUCUAUCUCUCGCGCGACGGCGUAGAGGAAUCUCCCGGUCGUCCGUACAGCGUGAUGGCUGCUGCUGUUGCGACGGGAGUUGCGCCGGCGGCGAUGGUUGAUCCUGUUCAGAGCCCGACGUCUGCGGAAGCGGAGGCGUUGCAGGCGCACCCGAACUCAUCGCUGUACGUGGGAGAUCUGGACCCAACUGUGCACGAGAGUCAUCUUUAUGACCUGUUCAAGCAAGUUGCGAACGUGGCGUCGAUUAGGGUUUGCCGCGAUCAGUACCGGCGAUCUCUUGGUUACGCUUACGUCAAUUUCAGCAACCCUAUCGAUGCCGUGCACGCCAUGAACGUCUUGAACUACUCUCUCGUCAACGACAAACCCAUUCGGAUCAUGCUAUCGAACCGUGACCCGAGCACGCGAUUGAGCGGCAAAGGCAAUGUUUUCAUUAAGAACCUCGACGCCUCGAUUGAUAACAAGGCCCUAUUCGAAACCUUCUUGAGCUUCGGGACAAUACUCUCAUGCAAAGUGGCAUUCGACAGUGCCGGGAGGUCCAAGGGGUACGGAUUCGUCCAGUUCGAGAAGGAAGACGCAGCUCAGGCCGCAAUUGAUAAGUUGAACGGAAUGCUGAUGAAUGACAAACAAGUGUAUGUCGGCCACUUCAUCAGAAGUCAGGAGCGCAACCAUUCGACGAGCACCUCGCCUCCACGCUUCACAAACGUCUACGUGAAGAAUUUGCCAAGAGAGAUAACGGACAACGAGCUCAGGAAGGCUUUCAGCAAGUUUGGAGCAAUCUCCAGCGCCAUUGUGAUGAAGGAUCAGAGCGGUAAUUCAAGAUGUUUCGGGUUUGUGAAUUUUGAAAGCCCGGAAUCAGCAGCCACGGCGGUGGAAAAGAUGAAUGGUAUCUCUCUGGGAGAGGAUAUGCUGUACGUGGGGAGGGCACAGAAAAAGGCAGAGAGGGAGUCUGAAUUAAAGGCUAAGUUUGAACAGGAGAGGAUAAACAGGUGCGAGAAAUCUCAAGGAUCUAACCUAUACCUGAAAAAUCUCGAUGACAAUGUUGACGAUGAGAAGCUCAAGGAGAUGUUCUCUGAGUUUGGAACUGUCACCUCAUGCAAGGUGAUGGUUAAUCAACAAGGAGUGAGCAAAGGCUUUGGUUUUGUUGCCUUUUCCACCCCCGAGGAAGCUUCAAGAGCUAUGAAGGAGAUGAAUGGGAAGAUGAUAGGAAGAAAACCUCUUUACAUAGCUGUUGCGCAACGCAGGGAUGACAGAAGAGCUCAUCUGCAGGCUGUGUUUUCGCAGAUAAGAACACCAGGGCAGCUGCCGGCAGGGUAUCAUGGAGGAGGAGGGCCACAGCAGCAGGUGUUGAUAGGAGGGGGAGGGGCCCAGCAGUACAGCCCAUUCCAGGCUCAGUUCAUGCAGGGUGUCAGACCUGCCGCUGCUGGGGGACCCAACUUCAUCGUCCCCUACCCUAUCCAGCGCCAUCCCCAGCCCCAGCCCCAGCCCCAGCCCCAGCCCCAGCAUGUCCCUCGCUUCACCUUCAGGCAUUCCAUCCCGCCCCACCUCCAUCCUCGUCACCAGCUUCUCCAAAGGAACUCAAGGUACAUGGGGCCGCCACCCUCAGUUGGUGGGCAGCAGCAGGGCAUGAUGGCUUUACCCUUGGACGCCUCCCCCAUCUCCAAGCUCACCACCGCCUUGGCUUCUGCCAGCCCCAAUGAUCGUAUCAGGAUGCUGGGGGAGCAGCUGUACCCAUUGGUGGAGAGGCAGAGGCCUGGAAAUGCGGCGAAAGUGACGGGAAUGCUGCUGGAGAUGGACCAAGCCGAGAUUCUCCACCUCCUCGAGUCUCCGGAGGCUCUCAAGUCCAAGGUAGCAGAGGCUAUGGACGUCCUCAGGCUCUCCUCUGUGCACCCCACCUCCCCUCCUGACGACCACUUGGGUUUUUCCACCACCGACUGAAAAACCAUUUCAUUCUCUUCUCUAGGACCCUCGUUAAUUAGCUUGGCUUUCUUUUCUUUUUAUCCAAAGACUGUUGUCGGACCAAUUUUUGUUUCAAUCGAUCGGUUUGUUAAGUUAUAUUGAUGAGAAGAUGGGUUUCUUCUUCCA